GGCUAGAAUACAUCACUAUAUCUGUCAUACUGUCAGAGUUGACCCCAAUCCAAAAGUCUCCUCAAGAUUUUAUACAGAAGUGAGGUUAGAAGAAAAUUUUAUAAUUAUUUGUUAUAUUUUACUGUUAAUAAUCAGCCAGAAUGUCGGAGACGCCGAGUCGCCCCAUGAAGUUCCCGUACACGUUUACGGCCAAGAUCGCGCAGUUCCCGCUGAAGUACUACGUUCAGAACCAGUGGAUCUGGCGCUACUGGAUGAUUGGAAUUACGCUCUCCGUCCCAGUCUUCUACAAGAUCCAUAAACUCGCUAACUCCCCCGAGAAUGUGAGCAAGUGGGCAGAGAUCCGGAGGAAGGAGGCUGCGGAACACCACUAAGUGUAUAGGUUAUAGUUCUGGUCCCAAUUUGUGUACCAUGUCUAUGUUGUAAGCAAAACAUUAAAAUCAUGUCUUUAGUUUACAAA